AUGAAGUUCUACAUCGAUGAUCUGCCGGUGUUGUGGCCAUACCCUCGGAUCUAUCCCGAGCAGUAUGCCUACAUGUGCGACAUCAAGAAAACCCUGGACGUGGGAGGCAACUGCAUCUUGGAAAUGCCUUCAGGAACAGGCAAGACUGUCUCCCUGUUGUCUCUGACAGUGGCGUACCAGCAACACUAUCCCGAGCAUCGAAAGAUCAUUUAUUGUUCCCGAACAAUGUCGGAGAUCGAGAAGGCUCUGGCUGAGUUGAAGAACCUCAUGAAGUUUCGAACUGAGACUCUAGGCUUUGAGGAGGACUUUAGAGGGCUGGGUCUGACCUCACGAAAGAACCUGUGUCUGAAUCCCAAUGUGCGAUACGAAAAGAAAGGUUACAUUGUCGACGAGAAGUGCCGAGCCAUGACAUCUGGAAUUGCCAAGCAGAAGCUGGCUGCAGGAGAAGACGUUACUCUAUGUGAAUACCACGAGAACAUGAACGACAUUGAGCCUCACAACUACAUUCCACCUGGUGUUUUCACCUUUGAGGACAUUUUGGCGUAUGGCGAGGAGCACAAGACAUGUCCUUAUUUUACUGUGCGUCGAAUGAUGGCCUUCUGCAACGUCAUCAUCUACUCUUAUCAUUAUCUACUCGAUCCCAAGAUCGCCGACCGAGUUUCCAAGGAGCUGAGCAAAGACUGCAUUGUCAUUUUUGAUGAGGCCCAUAAUAUCGACAACGUCUGCAUUGAGGCUCUGUCUGUCGACAUUACUGAAGACUCCCUGAAACGAGCCACUCGGGGAGCAAACCAUCUGGCCAAGAAGGUCAGUGAGGCCCGAUCCAGCGACUCUGAGAAAUUGAAAAAUGAAUACAACAAACUGGUGGAUGGAUUGCGAGAUCUGGAAUCCGGAGAACAAGAAGAUACGUUUCUCGCUAACCCUGUGCUCCCUGAAGAUCUUAUUUCGGAAGCUGUGCCUGGAAACAUUCGAAAGGCAGAACAUUUCGUGGCCUUCUUGAAACGAUUCAUUGAAUAUCUCAAGAGUCGAAUGAAGGUGCUUCAUGUCAUUUCCGAAACCCCUGCAUCGUUCUUGAAACAUCUUCGAGAUUUGACAUACAUUGAACGAAAGCCUCUUCGAUUCUGCGCUGAGCGUCUAUCGUACCUGGUCAGAACCCUCGAGUUGACUCACGUCGAUGAUUACACUGCUCUCAAGGAGAUUGCUGUGUUCGCCACCUUGGUGUCUACCUACGACACCGGCUUCCAGCUCAUUCUGGAGCCCUUUGAGACCGAUCAGGCCACCGUUCCUAACCCCAUUUUGCAUCUUACAUGUUUGGACGCCUCCAUUGCUAUCAAGCCUGUCUUUGAUCGGUUCUCAAGCAUCAUCAUCACAUCCGGUACCAUCUCCCCUCUAGAUAUGUACCCGAAAAUGUUGAACUUCGAGACUGUGGUUCAGGAGUCGUACACCAUGACACUGGCACGGCGAGCCUUCUGUCCUCUCAUUGUGACCAAGGGUUCAGACCAGGUAGCCAUCAGUUCUCGAUUCGAGAUCCGAAACGAUCCUUCAGUUGUCCGAAACUACGGUAACCUUCUGAUUGAAUUUUCUAAGAUCACACCUGAUGGCCUUGUCGUCUUCUUCCCUUCAUAUCUUUACAUGGAGUCUAUCAUUUCCAUGUGGCAGACUAUGGGUAUUCUGGACGAAGUGUGGAAGUACAAACUCAUUCUGGUCGAGACUCCUGAUGCUCAGGAAACCUCUCUUGCCUUAGAAACUUACCGAACUGCCUGCUCCAACGGUCGAGGCGCUGUCAUGCUCUGUGUCGCUCGAGGAAAGGUUUCGGAAGGUAUCGAUUUCGACCACCAGUUUGGAAGAACUGUGCUUAUGAUUGGUGUUCCUUUUCAGUACACCGAGUCGCGUAUCUUGAAGGCUCGUCUCGAGUUUUUGCGAGAUAACUACCACAUUCGAGAGAACGACUUCUUGUCUUUCGAUGCCAUGCGCCAUGCUGCCCAGUGUCUGGGACGAGUCUUGCGAGGUAAAGAUGACUACGGUGUCAUGGUGUUGGCUGACAGACGUUUUGCCAAGAAGCGAAACCAGCUGCCCAAAUGGAUCAACCAGGCCAUUUUGGAUGCUGACACAAAUCUGUCCACAGAUAUGGCUCUAGCUGCAGCCAAGAAGUUUUUGCGAACUAUGGCCCAGCCUAUGAACAAGGAAGACCAGGAGGGUGUUUCAGUGUGGUCAUUGGAGCAGCUUCAGGAGUACCAGGGAUCCAAAAAGGAUGGAGGUUACCGACUUGCCCCCGAGGAUGCCAUGGAUAUCGAUGAAAAGGAUCUUGAAGAGGGUCUCAGAGAAGUCGAACAAGCCAAAAAAGAAAUUGCUGCUCGAUAA